AACAUCAGCAGCAUUUUAAGGAUCGACGGCAACAAUUUCAGCAUCGCGGGGUACCUACCGGCUGCAACUCAGUUCACAGCUUGAACAGCACGGAGGCAGCAAGGGUGCCUUUCCUUUGUGGAAAACUUGGCUGUCGAUAUGAGUGCGUUGGCAAACUUUCUGCAAAAUGAGCUCCUUACAUUGUCGAGUGAAGCGCGGCGAAAGCAUCCAGAAAUAAAGGAGGCAGCGGAGCGACUACUGUACAUUUUGCGCGCUCUCAAAGAGCGGCCUCAAACACAACCAGUGCCAGAUGGCGUGGAUAUUGUUGCAGUGGAGCUUGCAAAGACGGACGAAGCGUUAAGGCCGUUCAUCAUGUCUUGCGAAACCAAAAAUGCGAAACUCGUGCCUACAGCCGUGGGGUGCUUGCAGCGACUGAUAACGCAUCAGGCCAUACCAGAGGCGUCCAUUAUGCUGGUUUUGAAGACGCUAUCCGAUCUGAUCACUACCAGUGUUGAGCUGCAGUUGAAAAUCUUGCAGACCGUACUACCGCUGUUGACCAAUUACCGUAAUGUUCAUGGAGAAGUACUGGCUGAAGCAUUAUUUCUCUGUUUCCGGCUACAAGAGACAAAAUCUCCUAUUGUGAAUAAUACUGCGGCUGCCACAGUUCGUCAAUUGGUCACAUUUGUAUUCGACAAGGUGGCCACGGAGGAUGAACGGGCCAACGUUGAAACAGGGAACACGGAUUUCAACGCGGUACGCCCUUUAAGCCUUUCAGGGCAGGAUGCCUGCAUGCUGUUCAAGGAUUUGUGCUUAUUGACGGGCGGCGAACCAGCGUCAUUCCUUCCGCUGCAGUCUUUGCCAAAAUAUUUUGGCCUAGAGUUAAUUGAGGCAGUCAUUUCCCACCAUCCGAAGCUAUUCCAAGACCACGCAGAACUGUGUAAUUUAAUGAAAGAACGAGUCUGCCCGCUCAUCAUCAAGUCGUUCUCUGACCGUCUUGAUUUCCCGCUGGCUUGUCGAUUGAUGCGUGUCGUGCACGCUAUCCUUAAGCAGUACCAUGAAAUGCUGAUGAUGGAAUGCGAGAUUUUCCUUUCGAUGUUCUGCAGGUUGUUGGAACCUGAUCAUGCCCCGUUGUGGCAUCGUGUUCUUAUCAUGGAGGUGUACAAAUCCCUCUGUGCCGACGCUGGGCUACUCCGAUUUGUUUAUAAUUCGUACGAUCAAAAGGAGCACACAACAAAAGUGUUCCAUGAAAUGAUUACCGCAAUCCGAAGGAUCGUCGUCUCGGAGAAGCCUGCGCUGCUGCUUCACUCUCCGGUGACAAACAGUUCUGAAGCUGUGGAUAUGGAGGCGGAGGAGCAGUACUCAUUAACAGCGUCGGGUGCGCAAAUGAAGCUUCAGUGCUUAGAUCAGCUAGAUAAAGCGGAACCACCCGCCAUACCCGAAACCUAUAUCAUCUACCUUGCCAUUCAAUGCAUGAGUAGUAUUGUCGAUAGCGAGGCUCAAUUUGCUAUGCCGCUUCUGGCUGAAGCCAGCACUCCAAGCGAGCACAAGAACGACGUUAUUCUUGCCAUCGAGAUGGCCAAUGCGUCAUGGGCGGGUAUUCUAGCUGCUGUAUCCUUCCUCGUUACAGCUUCGGUAGAUGACGAGAUCUUUUCGAUGGUCAUCCGAGCAUAUCAGAAUAUAACGAGCGUUCUGGGUUUACUGGGACUUACAUCACCACGAGAUGCAUUCCUCGCAUCUUUAUCUAAGUCUUGCAUUCCGAGCUUUCUGGCCGGCGAUGCUUUUGGGCACGCAAAAGGGGAUGCGGGCCAGGGACUGCAUCCGGCGAGUUUACAAAAUUUAGCCCGUGGCGGUGUCGUACUGAACGACCGAAAUGUGUUGUGUCUUCGGGCACUCAUCUAUGUCGCGCAUUCUUUAUCCCCUGUUCUGGAAGAUAAGGCAUGGUAUCUUAUUUUGGAGACAUUACAAGUGGCAGACAAAUACAUUGCGACCGGAAAGACCGGAAGGAAAGAGCAGAGUUCCAUGGCAUUGCUGGGCGACACAAAAGAAAAUCGUUUACGCAGUGGAUCGAUUGUCGGGCCGCCCCAGCAUGGUUCUGCUAUGGAGAAUCAGUUUGUUACAUUACUCCUAUUCACGAAGAAGCUCUUCGAAAGUACGAGUUCCAUGGAAGAACGAAACUUGAUGGAAUUUCUUCGCGCAUUAUGUCAACUAGCUCGGACUUCCAUUGUCCAAACCUCCACGACUGCAGGCACUUCCUCGAAGGACGCUUCUAUGAAGGUUGCCGAAGAGAAGUCUUUCGCCGUCGCUAAAAUUCACGAUGUUGUUUUACACAACACUGCACGCUUAGUUCAAGCGUCAAAUUUCACGCUAUGGGACCUGGUAAUUGGUGAGCUGGUGGACCUUGCUCACAUUCCGACGUGUACAUCGUCGAUGCGUGCGCAGGUCUGUCAAACGUUGAGCGACAUCCUUGUGGCGGCAAUCCAAACAGCAAAUCUAAAAGACGCUGACAUCGAAAUGAAAUUGUUGGAGCCCAUCCGCAGACUGACAUUGGUCGAACCUAACGCCAGUGGCACAACCGUGGAUGCGGAGGAGAAGGACAGAAUAGCUCGUUACCCUUGGUUUGUGGAUGUGCAAAAGGCCGGCUUGGAAACCCUCAAUAAAAUCAUGCAAAAUAGCGGCCAGUACAUAUCAAACGGUUGGCCGCUCAUACUCGAAGUCGUGCGGACAGUUGUGAGCUUAAGGGUCCGGAAACCCCGAAUAGCUGAUGCACAGGCUCCGACAGCCGGUAACACGCAAGACGCCAUUCUUAACCCUCCUCUAGCCGACACCGCUGCGACCACGGCGAAAGCAGCAGGAUUAGUUCGUGUAGCGUUUCCAUGCCUACAGCUCAUAUGCACAGACUUUCUUUCUGUUUUGAACCCUACAGUGCUGCACCAAUGUAUCGAAACCCUGGGUAGUUUUGGAUCGCAAAUGGAUGAUCUGAAUAUCAGUCUAACCGCGGUUGGGCUGCUUUGGUCCGUGAGCGACUUUGUGUUGACAAAGCGUCAGGAUCUUGAGAAAGAGCAUCUCGCGAAUCAACAGCCCCCAAAUCAGGAUCCAAAGACGUCAGCAUCACACUCUUCAGUGAUGAUAGCAGAAAGCUCCCUCUUGGCAAAUACGUCGAUGAAGCGGUCUGCGUCUACUUGUAUCGCCAUGCUGACAGAACCACUGUCAACAAGGACUAUGGAUGCUUUAUGGAUGCUCCUGCUAGGGCAUCUUUCGCAACUUUGUUCGGAUUCUCGACCAGAGGUCCGUAACUCCGCGAAUCAAACUUUGUUCCGGACGAUCAGCAUGAAUGGUGCCAAGCUUACCCUUGACGCCUGGGAGCAAUGCAUCUGGGGGGUGUUGUUCCCGCUCUUGGAGCGCGUCCAGCUUUCUAGUGAAAUUGACGCAUCUGGCCGACUCAACUCUCCAGACGUAGGGACACCCACCGUUACUAUGCAUCAUUCUCGAAGUACGCCAUCAAAGCAGUGGGAUGAGACGAAAGUAAUUACUCUAUCGGGUAUAUCCAAAUGUUUACUGGAUUUUUUGCCGGUCUUGGUUGAGCUGGGAGAUGGAUUUGAUCGUGCAUGGGCCUUAUUUUUGGACUAUAUCAAGUCUUGGUGUCUAGGUGGAUCACCGGAGGUAUCCAUGGCCGCCGUGAAAAGCUUGAAAAGUUUGGUGCAAUACCCCAAGACGUUAGCAGAAGGAGAAAUUCCGCGAAACGUGCAGAUACGGUUAGAAAACUUAAUGCGAGUGGCUUGGGAUGUCUGGGAAGGGAUUGGAACAGGAAUUGUCGCAGGAUCGGACGAAAAUCUGGCAGCUUCCGCUGAAGAUGCCGACCGAGUGGCUGUGGGCACCGGGUGGGGACAGCCUGCAAUGAGGAUUUUGCAUGGAUUCUUUACCCAAGACACAAUGACAGCAUAUGUCGCACUGUUCCCAGACAUUUACGAAGUCAUUAAGUCAACCUUCGGCCUAUUCGAGCUUCGACAGCUCCUUAACGUGCUUUCGCAUCUCUUGCUUUACCACAGCAAUCCGCCACCGGGCGCUACAGCGAGCAGAAUUCGUGCAGACUUUAUCAGUGAUUUGGAGCAACCAACACCGUUGCAAUCAAGUGUUCUCGACCUCGUUGCGGGGGGCAAGUUGGACAUCGAUGCGAUACAAGGUUCCGUGGAGGUCGUAUUGACAACAGUUAGCGGAUUUGUGAAACUGCCGUUCGUCCAACGAGGGGACGGAUCAGCGUCAGCACGCAACUCAUCCGCACAAAGGCCAACAUCCGGCGCUGCAGAGAAAGAGAAAGGGUUCACAUACAUUGCACUAUCAAAGAAAAGUAUGCAGGUUUUGGUGGAGCUUUUUGAGCGUUAUGCGAAACUCCGGAGUGUGUACUCUGGUCCAUUUGAGGCCAUCAUUGAAGCCUUGGGUGUUCCUAUGAAGGCCAAAUACGACUGUCCAAGUCCAGGCACCAAGGAUACCACACCACUCUGGAAAUCUGCCGCUAAUACAUGUAUGACAAUCUCGAGGAUAGGGCUGGAAGCUCUCAACGAGUUUGUAGAAGAUCUACCGCAAGAGGUUUCCAACAGUAUCUACACAAAGCUGUUAAACACUUUUGAGGGGAUUCUACUGCCAAGCAGCGAGCCACCAGCGGAACUGUCCGCCGAAGAAUUGUCUGCCGACGAAGAUUUCGACAUUUCGGUUCUCACCACUAUAGAGUCGGACGUGUUCCCCCACUUGGGACGACCCACCACGUCGGAAGCUAUUCUGCGACGCUUGGUGGAAAUCAUUGGGAGUGGAGCAAAGCUUUACACAACACAGCUUGAGGCAGUUGGACAUAAUACGUUAGAAGAUGCUACAACUGGCGAGGAAUCUAGCGCUACUAGAGGCGUUGAGGACGUAGAGGUGCAAGCAACUAACGGAGUUGUGGCAGGAGCGCCGAGGAUUGAGGCGCUGGUAAAACCUCGGGGUCCGCUUACGGCCAGCGAUGUUGCAGGUCCACAGGCCUUUCCACUUGGAAGCGACGUGGUGCCAGCUACCCGCGAAAGGUUUGCUGUGAGCUGUAUGGAGACAUUGUUCGGGUUAUGUUCAGACGCAAAGAGCGAUACAGCGCAAGUAAGGACCCGCAUAGCAGAAGUGGUUGGUCCUGUAAUGCUAGAGAAGUGCAAGUUCGUGAUCCGCUCUUACGCAACGGAUCGACCACUAUAUGGUCAACUACCUCUGCCGAGAGUUCGCAAUGACGAGAUAGCGCUCGUUAUGCGACAUUUGCAAUCGCUAAAUAUGCGGCCUGGUGUGCUUGUACGGCACUUGGGUGAAGAUAAAAUGCAUCCAUUGCGGUCGCACAUUCUCGCAGGCAGAUCGGCACAUCUGUUUGCCUUAUACCCCAUGUUGUGUGAGUUAUUAGCUGUGAUAGCGCGAAAUGGAACCACCCGAGAGUCAGCAGCAGCGGACGAGGCGGCGGUGGUAGAAGGCAUCAGAGCUUGUUUGCGACGGAUAGGGCAAGAUUUAGGGUUGGAAUGAAAUACAUGCUGUUAACCCCGUAAAUAAACCCCG